GCCAGCACAUGGCAGGGACUCCCGAGAAGGGUGCAGGUACGGGCAGCCCACAGACGUGAAUCACAUCUGGUCUUUUUCUGCCCAGAUGUCACCUUGCUUCUUUGUGGCUCCUGGCUUGUUUAUCUGGGCUCCCCAGGCAGUGGCAGAUGGACUUUUCAAGGGCCCGGCAGAGCUGCCUGUGUGCUGUGUGUCCAUGGUAGAUGUCACAUGAGCAGUCCACUACCUGGGGAGCUUCUCGAGUCAAAGGUCCUGCUCCAUUCUUGCAAACCCACUGGCUGUGUGGCCAUCACACAAGCCCUAGUCCUCUGCUUUUCCAUCAUGGCCUGUGGGAUGGUGGGGGCCCUGGACAGAAAGCCUCAGUAGAGCCCUGUGUGGCUGGCGGUGGGAGGUGGGGCGCACCUACCCCAGCAUGUCACAAUCCAGCUCUGGGAGCCCACACCACAGCUACAGGGAAGGCCUCUCUGUCUCUCAUUCCACCUCCAGACCCGGGUUUCCUCAAGCCAUCUGAAGGCCCAGGUCACAGGUUGGCCCUUCUGUAUCAGACAUUCCCAGGACAUCCUUCAAAGCUGGACUCUUACAGCUGGCUUAGCAGGGGCCCACCAGAAGCUGCUUUUGUACCCAGGUGGGGACAUAACCCCUGACCGGAAGCCCCCCCUCCUCCAAGAAACAUGCUAUCGAGUAUCUCCACUGUCCACCAGGCCUGGACCUGGGGCUUCACUCAAAGAUCCCAAGAACUUGCAGGCAACAUCUGAGAAUAACCGAUGGCACCCGGGGAAGACUCUUGGGCCAGGCUGCUCCUUACUCUCUGCACGUGUCCCAGAAGCAGGGUGCAGAUUAAUAUCACCUGACCCAGCGGAACUCUUCAUCGGAUCCUAGAGAGGAUGAGGAGGAGUCUGAAGGCUCCCAGAGAAAGCAGGACCUGAAGGAGACCUACAUCCGGAUCACACAAGGGGUGCAGGAGUGGCAGGAUGGCUCUGUGUACAAAGGGGACUUCGGACUCGACAUGAAGCUUGGAUUUGGCGAGUUCUCUUGGCCCACAGGCGAGACCUACCGUGGGCAGUUUUACCGGGACCAUUGCCACGGUGUGGGCACCUACACAUGGCCGAAUGGCUCCAGUUUCACGGGCUUGUUUUACCUCAGCCAACGAGAAGGCUAUGGCACCAUGUUCAUGAAAACAAAGUUAUUCCAGGGAUUGUAUAAAGAUGACCAACGGUUCGGGCCAGGCAUUGAGACCUACCCUGACGGCAGCCAGGACGUUGGACUAUGGUUCCGUGAGCACCUCCUCAAGCUGGGGACAGAGGUCCCCAGUAGCUUCUCCUUGUUGAACUACCCAGAAUUCUUAGACUUCCUCACAAGCUCAAGGGGCAGAAUCAGUCUCUCAGAUGAGGAGAAUAAGAUGUGGGGUCUCCCUGAGGACCAGGACCCCUUCUUCUAUGAAUAUAAACGAUUUCUCCUGAAUGAUGACAUCACGCUGCCUCCAGAGAUGCAUAUCUAUUCAACUGACAACAGCCACCUGCCUAUGACAGGCUCCCUGCGAAGAGAGCUGGAGGGCCGUAUCUUCAUGAACGAGAUCCCUCCAUUCAUUGAGGAUGAAGAGCCCUGGCUUAUAACAAAUGAGACUCCUUUGUUGGUCAAAAUCCAGAAGCAAACUUACAAGUUCAGGAACAAGAGUGCCCACACCAGCUGGAACAUAGCUGCCAUCCUGGAGGGGAACCGCAGCUGCUUUGGGCCCAGUGGCCCCAAGGAGCUCAUCUCCAGGGAGAUGAUCCUGAAGGCUGAGGAAGGGGACUAUGACUGGAUUUUUGGAAUCCUGAGGGACAACCUUGCCUGUGCUGAUGUGGCUGACUCCAAGGGCUACACAGUGCUGGCUGCUGCCGCGGUGCAUUCUCACCGGAACAUUGUCAACCUUCUCCUGGACUACGGGGCUGAUGUGAACAAGCGCUCGGAUGAGGGCCUUACGCCUCUUAGCAUGUGCUUUCUCCAGUACUACCCCAGCAAAUCCUUUCAUCCCAACAUUGCCGAGAGGACCCUGCCCCAGGAACUCCCCAAAUCCUUGAUCACUCCCAAAAUCUCAUUCCUGUUUGGAGAGCCAAAUGUGGAUUACUUCUACGAUAUGGGCGUGUCCACCCCAGUUGGAGAGGAAUAUAAGUCAUCACCACCCCUCUCAAGCAUCCUGGAGGAUGCCCUGAUCCUGGGCACUGUACAAUCCCGGGAGUCCAUCAGCUGGAAGAGCAGUGUGACUCACAAACGAGACACCCCCUCAGUGAAGAGUGUCAGCAGUGACAUAGAGAAGGAGCCAGAGGACAUGGCAGAAAAUAUGGAUGCCAGCACCCUGUACAGCGUCAACACAGACUUUGAGUCUAACAUGUGCCUGCGAAACUACUCUAUCCACGUCUCAAAGGACAUUCUGGAGAAGAGCGCCCAGGCCUAUAGUUCACUGCUGCACAUCCCCGCCCUCUCAGACAAAGGGACCGUGAGGAAAAUGGCACAGACCAUGGCUGAGCGUAGAAACCGCUGGCUGACCAUCACGUUGCUGCUGCACAGAGGUGCUGAUCCCAACCUAUGCCAGGUGCCCAUGCAGGCCCUGUUUCUUGCCGUGAAGGCCGGGGAUGUGGAUGGGGUGAGGCUGUUGCUGGAGAGCGGGGCCCGGACUGAUAUUCAGUUUCCUGCACAGCUGCUGUCUCUGACCCCGCUCCACAUCGCAGCCUCGCUUCCUGGGGAGGAGGGGGUCAAGAUCACGGAGCUGCUGCUCCACGCAGUCACUGACGUGGACGCCAAGGCGGCUGACCAGGACGACCUAUACAAAACUGGCAAGGUUGACCUCCUGCCCUCAAGCUUGAAGCUCAACAAUGAAACAGGCCCACCCAGGAGCUACUACAACGUGAGCACAUUCAUCCCAGAAGAGGGCGGACGCACGCCCCUGCAUGUGGCCUGUGAGCGAGAGGACAACAAGAAGUGUGCCAGAGACAUAGUCCGACUCCUUCUCUCACACAGAGCAAAUCCAAACAUGUUGUGGAGCGGGCACUCCCCGCUCUCCCUGUCCAUUGCCAGUGGGAAUGACCUGGUUGUGAAGGAACUCCUGUCCCAGGGAGCUGACCCCAACUUGCCUCUGACCAAAGGCUUGGGCACUGCCCUAUGCGUUGUGUGUGAUCUGGCCUAUGAGCAACAGAGGAGCACGGAGAACAAGAUUGCCUUGAUUGACCGGCUCAUCAGCUAUGGGGCAGACAUCCUCAAACCCGUGGCGCUCGUGCAAGGUGAAAGGACGGCAGUGGGAACCGCCGUGGACUAUGGCUACUUCAAAUUCUACCAGGACCGGAAGAUUGCGCACUGCCCCUUCCACGCUCUGAUGCCAGCGGAGCGGGAGAUAUUCUUGGCCCGGAAAAGGCUGCUAGAGUACAUGGGUUUGCAAUUACGGCGUGCCGUCCUUAACAAAGAGAACCAGCUGGACAUGAAGUCUCUGUACCUGAGCAAGAGAGCAGAGCUGUCCCCCAGCCACAGGCUGAAGAGGAGGAGCUCCAGCAUACUUAAGACCUCACCCACAGAAAAGCAGCACCUUCCCUUUUACAAGUUUUGCUACCAGUGUGGUCGCUCCAUUGGAGUCCGUCUCACACCCUGUCCCCGCUGCUAUGGGAUCCUGACCUGCAGCAAGUACUGCAAGACCAAGGCCUGGACCGAAUUCCAUAAAAAGGACUGCAACGACAUCAUGAUCUUGAUGCCCCAUUUGGAAGAAUCAGCUUGGAGGUUGUCAGAGUCCCAAGAGGGGGACUGAGCCUGGGGAGGAGUCCAGGGUUGCACCCUGUGGUGGCCUCAUGCAAGAAGCGUCUGUGUCACAGCAGUCUCGUCCUCCUGAUCAGCAAUAAAGUGCUAUGGUGUGUUCUCAA